UUUCUUGUUCGAAAAAGCAGCGGAAAGGGUAUUAGUUUUUCUCUUUCGCACUAGAUUAGGGUAUGCCAAUACUACAGACCCGUACGAGGCAAUUUUGUAGUAGUUUGGAUUGGAACGAAUCGCUUGUAGGGAACAUGCGAGGGAAGCGUUCAUCCAUGAGCUUCAUUCGGGAUUUUGUAGUUGGAGCGUUCAAUUUUGUACUCGCAUUUUUGAAAACCAUGUUCUCUAUGGAAGCGCAUCAGACAUACGGAAACGCACGACCAGGGGCACCUACCCGUCCGUCCGGUGGUGUAGGUAGAGCCCCCGGAAGUGCGGCACCUCGUGGCACAACCAACGUGCACAGCUUAUUUGAUAGCAGUUCUUCGGGUUCGGGGGUGAAUGGAGAUCAUGGCAAUGUUCACGUCGUCAAUAGCAGGCGGGCUUGGCAGAGUAAGGUCAGCGAGGCCAACGCUGCUAGGAAAGUGAUUGUGGUGGACUUCACAGCAUCUUGGUGCGGACCUUGCAAACUCAUGGCUCCCGUCUUUGCAGAGUUGAGCAGGAGGUUUGGACAACUAAUUUUUGUGAAGGUGGAUGUUGAUGAAGUUCAGGAGGUUGCAGCUGAAUACGAUGUUCGCGCAAUGCCCACUUUCUUAUUCAUCAAGGAUGGCCAGCAAAUCGAUAAAGUUGUUGGAGCUGAUAGGAAUGAUCUCGAGAGGAAGUGCAAUAAGUAUGCUACUAGUCGAUGAGCAUUGCAGAUAUGCUUAUUGAUCUUGGCAGUCAUACAUGUCCACAACUUUGGCACGGUAUUAGUAUCUGAGGGCCAUGAUACCGUUGUAAAUAUGGCAUAACUAUAUCCAGCUAAUUCGCAUAAUUGCCAUUGUUUUCAUGCUAUUGGGGACGGUCCAGAACAUGUGUGUAUGGAUCAAUAAGACAGGACAAGUUUUAAAAUUUAAAAUUUUCAUGUUUUUUUUCUUGUAUUUUU